CCGCGCCCGGCGCCCAGUGCGCACAGCCCGCGCGGAGCCGGCUCAGAGCGAGAAAAGCGAACCCAACCCGUCGGGGCCGCCGCUCCGGACCCGCCAGCGCCGCGGCCGCCGCCUCCUCCCCCCGGUCGGGUGUACUGUCCCAACCCGAAAGUCCAGUUCUGCGGCCCGGCAGCGGCGAGCGAGCGGGCGCGAUGACACAGGAGUACGACAACAAAAGGCCAGUACUGGUCCUCCAGAAUGAAGCGCUUUACCCGCAGCGGCGUCCAUACACCAGUGAGGAUGAAGCCUGGAAGUCAUUCCUGGAAAACCCGCUCACUGCAGCCACCAAAGCCAUGAUGAGCAUCAACGGAGACGAGGACAGCGCGGCAGCACUGGGGCUGCUCUACGACUACUACAAGGUCCCUCGAGAGAGAAGGUCGUCCACGGCGAAGCCCGAGAUAGAGCACCCAGAGCCCGAUCACAGCAAAAGAACCAGUGUCCCAAGUGUGGCCGAGCAGUCCCUCCUCACUGCUGGCGACAGCAGGGUACAAGUGCUGAAGAACGUGCCCUUCAACAUCGUCCUUCCUCACGGCAACCAGCUGGGCCUUGAGAAGCGCAGCCCCCUAACGGCGCCUGACACCACUGUCACCGUCUCCAUCGCCACUAUGCCCACCCACUCCAUCAAGACAGAGAUUCAGCCCCAUGGCUUCACGGUGGGGCUGCCCCCAGCCGUGUAUCACCCCGAGCCCGCGGAGCGGGUGGUGGUCUUCGACCGGAACCUCAAUGCCGAGCCAUUCGGCUCCGGGACUCAGCCCCCCAAUGCUCAGCGGCGCACUCCAGAUUCCACCUUCUCCGAGCCCUUCAAGGAGGGUGUGCAGGAGGUCUUCUUCCCCUCGGACCUCAGCCUGCGGAUGCCUGGCGUGAACUCGGAGGACUAUGUUUUUGACAGUGUUUCUGGGAACAACUUCGAGUACACCCUGGAAGCAUCCAAGUCGCUGCGGCAGAAGCCAGGGGACAGCACGAUGACGUACCUGAACAAGGGCCAGUUCUACCCUGUCACCCUGAAGGAGGCAAGCAGCCCUGAGGGCAUCCACCAUCCCAUCAGCAAAGUUCGAAGUGUGAUCAUGGUGGUCUUCGCUGAGGACAAAAGCCGGGAAGACCAGCUGCGGCACUGGAAGUACUGGCACUCACGGCAGCACACCGCCAAACAAAGGUGCAUUGACAUCGCUGACUACAAGGAGAGCUUCAACACCAUCAGCAACAUCGAGGAGAUCGCCUACAAUGCCAUCUCCUUCACCUGGGACAUCAACGAUGAGGCCAAGGUCUUCAUCUCCGUGAACUGCCUGAGCACUGACUUCUCCUCGCAGAAGGGUGUCAAGGGGCUGCCCCUGAACAUCCAGAUCGACACCUACAGCUACAACAACCGCAGCAACAAGCCGGUGCACCGCGCCUUCUGCCAGAUCAAGGUCUUCUGCGACAAGGGAGCCGAGCGGAAAAUCAGGGAUGAGGAGCGCAAGCAAAGCAAGAGGAAAGUGUCCGACGUGAAGGUGCCGCUGCUCCCGUCACACAAGCGCAUGGACAUCACGGUCUUCAAGCCCUUCCUGGACCUAGAUACGCAGCCUGUGCUCUUCAUCCCCGAUGUGCAUUUCACCAAUCUGCAGCGGGGCGUGCACGUUCUUUCCAUUGCGUCAGAAGAACUGGAGGGGGAAGGAUCCGCCCUGAAACGGGGCCCAUAUGGGGCGGAGGAUGAGUUCGCUGCCCCACCUUCUGCCAAGCUGACUCGGAUAGAGGAGCCAAAGAGAGUGCUGCUGUACGUGCGGAAGGAAGCAGAGGAAGUCUUCGAUGCCCUGAUGCUCAAAACCCCGUCCCUGAAGGGUCUGACUGAGGCCAUCUCAGACAAGUACGAUAUUCCCCAAGAGAAGAUUGGGAAAAUAUUCAAGAAAUGCAAAAAAGGCAUCCUGGUGAACAUGGAUGACAACAUCGUGAAGCAUUAUUCCAACGAGGACACCUUCCAGCUGCAGACAGAGGAGGCCGGGGGAUCGUACAAGCUCACGCUCACAGAGAUCUAGGGCCUGGCUCACAGCGCCGGGUUCAGAGCGGUGUCCUGCGCCAUUGCCAAUGUCACCGCCGGGCGCCCACCCUGCAGACACAGGUGAUGUGAGGAGGGGACCCUUCCGCCCUGAGGCAGAAGCUCUGCAGAGGACAGUAGCCCACGUGCUGUUACCCGGCUCUGGCAGCCCCCAGGUUGCUGCCGCACGGUGGAUCAUGGUACAGGCUACAGGCCCCGUCCACACUCGCAGGGACCUUGCAUGGAGGGCACAGGAGGCCCAUGUGGGCUCAGGAUCUCGGGCUCAGUCCCCCACUGUGUCCCCCAUACAGUGUUUACAUCAUGGGGCACCAGGCUGGGCCCUGGCUGGCAGCCCUGUCAUGAGCUGAGCGGGGGCAGUGUAGACCGGUGGAGCCUACGAGUGCAAUACCGACAUGAAGGUCCGCUGUAAAUGUGUACAUAGAGGCUGACAGAGACUUCUAAUAUAUACCAGGGCGCUCGCACGGGCCAGGUCCUGCCCAGCCACAGGUGGCCAGCCCCCAGCGUAGUGGGCCUGGCUGGAUGAUCGGGCUCUGCAGCCACCAGAGGCUGCUGCGCAAACUCCUGAGGUGCACACGUGAAAAGGGGCGUCACACUGACCAAAGAGGUCUGUUCUGGUGCUGGUGGCACCAAGUGUUACCCAGAGCACCCAGAAGUGUAGCACACACCAGAAAUGAUGGUGAACCUGAGCCGGACCUCUUUCCCUCUUCCUCCUCUUCCUGGUCUAACAAGUGUUUCCCGCCUGUAAUCUCAGCACUUGGAAAGCUGAGGCAGGAGGAUCUCUGCGAGUUCAAGGCCAGCCUGGGCUACAUCAUAACCUCUCACCAGUCUGGACUACAGAGCAAGAUCCUGUCUCAGAAAACCAAAAUGAAAGAAAGAUGGUUUUUGAAGUUUGAUUAUUUGUAAGGUUUACAAUUCUAGCAAGCAUUUGUGAAUUCUGAGACUAAUAUAUUUGUGAAUAUAUCAUUGUGCCAGGGCAAUGUUUUGUACACAUGUUCAAAUAUAUCAAAAUCCUUUAAAUGUAAUUUUAUAAUAGAAACUAAGAGAAAUGAGAUCACGGGUAUCUUAGCUUCAGGGAGCAGCUGGAGUAGGUCGUUUGUCUCAGUAGCAUCCAUAGUUGCAUUUUUAGGUUAAAAUUCUCUAAUGAAGUAUGCAGAUCAGCCACCGGCUUUCUGAGCUAUCAGGGGACACGGGUCAUACAUGAUAUUUUGUAUUUUGUUUUACAAAAUUGAGUUUUGUCUUGUUUGUUAUUCAUUGUAUCAUGGAUGCUGUGUUUUAAACCAAAAAGAUUAAAUUUUAUAUGUCUAUUUCAUAAAA